AGUAAAGGGGCUGGUGAGAGCAGAGGCACUUCUGUUGGCUGAGACACUGCGUGACAAAUAAAUGCAUAAAUCGGGAGCGAUUCAGUUUUAUCUUUUAGUUAUAUGUUCUCGAUAUCUUCCCACCUCCAUCAUCCGCAGACGGGUCUCUCGCAGGAGUGAAGAUGAAUAAACAGCCCAGUAAAGAGUCUCUGCGGGACCGGGUCAAGGGGAUCUUUGGGCUCGGUCCGACUCGGCCUCACAGCAAACAGACCGAGAGCAAACCGUCAGAGUUCAUCAUCACGCUGGACAUCUUGAUGGAGCUCACUCCAGAGUACGGCCUCCACCACCGGAUCAAAGUCAUCAACCACGUGUGCGAUCUCGCCAAAUCCAAGAAGUUUGAGGAGCAUGCGGUGGAGGCCGUGUGGAAGGCCGUGGAGGACAUGAUGCAGCCUGAACAGCCGCCUGAAGCCCAUCAUGCAGUGCUGGUGCUGCUGAGAGCCAUUAUACAGGGACAGGGUGAGCGCUUGGGUCCGCUCAGAGCCUACUUCUUCAAGAUCAUUCUGGACUAUCAGCCCUCAAAUGAAGAUCUGGCCGAGAGACUGGAGGUGUUCAAGGCCCUCACGGAGAACGGGAAAGACAUCACCUACCUAGAGGAGGAGAUCGCUCGGUUUGUUUUGCUGUGGAUGGACAUCGGUCUGUCAUCAGAUUUCCUGCAUGUGCUCGUGAACUUGGUCAAAUUCAACUCCUGCUACCUGGAUGAGAACGUCUCCCUCAUGGUCCAGAAAAUCUGCCUUCUGUGUAACCGGACGACUUCCUCCACAGAUAUCGAGGUUGCGCUGCAGGUGUUAGACGCGGUGGUGUGUUAUAACUGCCUGCCCUCCGACUCUCUGACGGUGUUCAUCAUCACACUGUGCCGAACCGUUAACGUGAAGGAGUUCUGUGAAUCCUGCUGGAAGUUGAUGCGUAAAGUGCUGGGAACUCACCUGGGUCACAGUGCCAUAUACACCAUGUGCCGUAUCAUGGAGGAGAGGGUGUACAGUGAGGACGCCGCUCUUCUCAGGGGUGCUGUGUUUUUUGUUGGUAUGGCGCUGUGGGGAGCUCACAGACUUCCUGCCCUUAAAAACACGCCCACUCUGGUCCUGCCUUCCUUCUACAAGGCCAUGAGCUGCACGAAUGAGGUGGUGUUCUAUGAGAUUGUGCUGUCGAUCACGCGACUCAUCAAGAAGUACGGCCGAGAGCUGCUCGUUGUGACAUGGGACAUCCUGCUGUCCAUCAUAGAGAAACUCCUGCAGCAGAUACAGAUGAUGGGCAGUCCUGAUCUGAAGGUGAUCGUUUAUGAGUUACUGAGCACCGUCGAGGAGUUGUACGAGCAGAACGACUUCCACGGAUCCUCGCAGAGAUUCUUCAGCCUGGUGGAGAAAUGCGCCGAUAAACGUCCCGAUGCGUCUGUGCUGAUGCUGAUUUCCUACAGAGCUCAGUCCAUUCAGCCGGCCAAAGACGGGUGGCUGCAGAACCUGCUCAAACUCAUGGAGAAGUUCUUCAGGAAUGAGAGCCGUACUGUGAUCAGGAUCAAGGUUCUGUACAUCCUGUCCUUCGUGCUCAGCACAAACCGACAGCUCUAUGAAGAGGAGCUGAUCGAGGUGGUGGUGAUUCCUCAGCUGGGUCAGAUCGCUGAAGAUCGAGAUCUGUCCGUCAGGAAACAAGCCACGCAGCUGCUGGUGGAUCUCGCCGAGGGCUGCAGCACGCAUCACUUCAGCAGCCUGCUCGACAUCAUCGAGAAGGUUGCUAGUCGUCCGUUAACCUGCUCUAUGGAGGGAGAGAGAGAGCUGUCAGUGGAGUCGCCCAUGGAGGACGUCCGGACCGCUAUACUGGGACUGCUAGACAUCCUACAGAGUAAACUGUACAGUCUGCCGGCCAGUCACGCCAGUCGAGUGUACGAGCUGCUGAUUUCUCAUCUGCAGCUUCACUACAAGAACAAAUACUACAGUGCCACCGGGAGCUCCAUACGCCUCAAGGUCUUUGAUUUCUUGCUGAUGAUGAGGGCCGACUCUCUUCAUCGUCUGGGUGUCCCCAAUAAAGAUGGAGUCCUGAGAUUUAGCCCAUACUGUCACUGUGACGUCGGGGAGUCGGAGAAGAGAGUGACUGAUAAGAAGCCAACAGGAACUGUGUCACCGCCGACAGGAAGUCCCACACCAGCAGCUCCGCCCUCCUCCAUUCGCACUGCCUAUCUGCCCUACAGCCUGGCCUUCAGCGUGCUGCUACAGUGCCUCAAGAUGGAGAAUGACUGGAAGGUUCUGAAGCUGGUUCUGGAUAAGAUGUCCUGCACCAUCCAGUACAAAGUUCUGGUCCUGACCUCACCCUGUAAUUUGGGAGAGUGUGUGUGUGUGCAGGUGACGGACCGUCUGAUAUCGGAGCGUUUGAAGAAAACUCCUGAUGGAUUCUCCCUCACUGAUGUUCAGCUCGCUGUGGUUCCUGUUCUCACUGCCCUCACCUCCUACCACAGCUACCUGGAGCAGUCCCGACAGAGGGAGCUGGUCCAGUGUUUGGAGAAAGGCCUGAUUUACCGCUGUGCUAAGCAGUGUGUGGUGGCUCUGACCAUGUGCACCGUUGAGAUGCCCGACAUCAUGAUCAAACUCCUGCCCGCCCUCAUCGUCAAGCUCACGCACAUCUCGGCAACCGUUGCCAUGGCCUCGCCCAUGCUGGAGUUCCUGUCCACAUUGGUGCGGCUCCCACAUCUGUAUGCUAACUUUGUAGCCGAGCAGUACGUCAGUGUGUUUGCCAUAUCGCUGCCGUACACCAACCCCUCAAAGUUUAAUCAGUACAUAGUGUCUCUAGCCCAUCAUGUGAUCGCCAUGUGGUUCAUACGCUGCAGACUGCCUUUCAGGAAAGACUUUGUUCAGUACAUCACCAAGGGUCUCCGUUCAAACGCUCUUUUGCCAUUCGAUGACACUCACGAGCAGAGCAGCUUCAGAGCGCGCAGCACCAGCCUGAACGAGAGGCCCAAGAGUUUGCGGACGACCAAAGUGGCGAAGCAAGGCCCCAGCACAAACUCUCCCGUUAAAGACCUGAAAGAUCUGUCGGCCAUGGACGCCUUCCGCUCCCGAAGCAUCAGUGUGUCCGAGCAUGCGGUGCGCAGGAUGCAGACGUCCAGCACCACCUGCAGCCUGGGCUCGGCUGACGAGAACGCGGUGAUGCAGGCAGACGACGCGCUCAAGACGGUCCACCUGGAGCUGACGGAGACCUGCCUGGACAUGAUGGCGCGAUACGUCUUCUCCAACUUCUCUGCGCUGCCCAAGAGGUCUCCCAUCGCAGAGUUCCUGUUGUCCGGUGGCCCCAGUAUGACUUGGCUGGUUGGGAAUAAGUUAGUCACCAUAACGACCAGCGGUGGCUCGCGAACCCAAGCUCUUCUGGGUCUGGACAUGGCAGAGAGGCCCGGAGGAGGAGGAGAAAUGACCAGGUCUGACCCGUCAUUACACACCCGACAGACGAAAGAGGCUCCUGCUAAACUGGAGUCGCAGUCGGGCCAGCAGAUCAGCAGCAGCACUCGCACCCGCGUCCGCUCCAUAUCAGGUGGUCACGCUCUGCGGGCCGGUCCAGCUCAGAGUCUCAGUCCUCUGGUGGCGUCUCCUGAGGGUGAGUACAGUGGCCCGCUGCCCCCGCCGGGCCCCCUGCUGGAGGUGCUGGGGUCCCAGAGAGGAGUGGAGGAGCACCCGGCGCCCUCCGCCUCGCAGUCCUCAGCGCCGCUCAAAGACAAGUCCAGCUUGGCCGAGUUUGUGCCCAUGCUGACGCAGGGCUGGGCCGAGAUCUUCAUCCGCAGACCCUCAGGUAACACCAGCUGGCUGAUGUGUCUGGAGAACCCGCCGAGCCCCUUCUCAUCUGAGCUGGGGAACGUCCCGCUGCAGGAGCUGUCCAGUGUGCUGAUGGCCAUGGACGGGGUGAAGGAGCCCCAGAGCGAGGCCCCUGGGCCCCAGCCGCAGGGGAGGCCCUGCCCCAUCCAGCGCUCCAACACCGAUUCGGUUGUGCUGGAAGAAGCUGGACGGAGCAGAGCGACUGAGUCCAAAGAGCUGGAGGAGUUUGAGGCCGUAGCGUCUGAACCCAUCUUCAUGAGCGCCGCUACAACACCAGCCGGCUUACUGAGCAGAUCCUCCUCAACCUCCAGUCAGGACGAUGAGAAGUCGACUCUGGAGGAGGUGAGUGAGGGCGGUAUCCCCAUCGAUCAGCCUCUGCCGGCCCUCUCCACCCCGGGACAUCAAGAGACUGACGUGUCAUUAUCUCAGGCCACCACCCUGAGCAAAUCGAGCUCGUCCCCGGAGCUGCAGACUCUCCCCGAGGCCUUCACCAAGGCUGCGGCCCAUAGCGCCUCCGGCGGAGACCUGCUGAGCUCCAGGAUCCCGACGGUCCAGGCCAACGAGAGAGAGGCCUCGGGUGAAAGCGCCUGGCCGGGAGAGAGCGUAAUAUCAGCCGGCCCGUCCAGCUCCAGCGCUAGCGUCUCCGUCUCCUCGUCCUCCACCUCCAGGAUGAGGUUGGAGUUUCCCACGGCUCAGCCGGGACCCCUGUCUCCCGCCGGACACAGACCCCGCGGACACACCAUCUCAGUGUCCGCACCCUCGUCCCGCAGGGAGAGGAAGAUGGACCGAGACUCGUACCACAACCGAGGAGGACCAUCCAACAUAGAGAAGAGCUCAGGACUCAGUCCCAGCUUCGUCUUCCUGCAGCUCUAUCACUCUCCGUUCUUUGGCAAUGAAGCCAACAAACCCCUCCUGCUGCCCAAAUCUCAGAUCCUGUCCAACGAGUACGGCUCCAACCGCUACGCUCAGUUCCUCACGGGCCUGGGAAAGCUCAUCCACCUGAAGGACUGCGACCCAGACCAGAUCUUCCUGGGUGGACUGGAUCAGUACGGAGACGACGGAGAGUUCACCUACUGCUGGCACGAUGACAUCAUGCAAGCGAUUUUCCAUAUAGCCACUCUGAUGCCGAACCGCGAGAGCGACAAGGGCUGCUGCAAUAAGAAACGCCACAUUGGGAACGACUUUGUGGUGGUGGUUUACAAUGACUCCGGAGAGGAGUACAAACUCGGCACCAUCAAGGGUCAGUUCAACUUCGUGGAGGUGCUUAUAAAGCCUCUGGACUACAAGAGUAACCUGGUGACGCUGCAGUGCCGGAAAGGUGAAACAAGCCGCUUUGUCAAGAUCGUUUCUGACCGCAAUCUACCGCUGCUCGUGAGACAGAUGGCACUCCACGCCAAUAUGGCAUCGCUGGUGCAUCAGUGUAGAGCGAACCCAUCAGACGCCUACGCUUCAAAAUGGCUGGCGAGAUUGAGACACAUCAAGAGGAUCAGGACACGGGCUCAGGAGGAAAUUCAGUCGCGUCCCACUCACGCAAUCUCGCUGACCCAAAGCCACGCCCCCAUGCAGAAUAAACCCGCCCACCAGCCCUCCGGCUCUGCUCCGAACCCAGACGCCAUUCAGAGGAAGAGGCUGGUGUCCACCGUCGACGAUUUCACAGACUUUGUCUAGCGAGAGACCAGUGACGUGUUUCUGAGACCGAGAGACGCUGCGUUCCCAUCAGUCCAGACAAACCAGGCCACUCCUGAAGGCAGAGGGCAGUGAGGUUUGGUGUUAGUAACAUUUGAUCACUUUUAAUACAACCCAGUGUGCCACAGGAAGUAAGAGAUCCGCUCAGCCUCACUCAACGCUGCGACUGCAUGAAUGAAUUUCACAAAGCGCUGCUCCGACUGCUGACAGAUGGAUGUAAACCCAUGCACUGGCAUUAUCAGCAGCCGUUUUUAGCAGUACGACUAAAUUGCACAUGAUUAACACGCUUUCCUGUCUCUGCCCAUCUUCAUUCAUCCACGUUUCUUUCUCUAGAGCAAACUUGUGUUGUUCACACACUCAUUUUCUCUUGUUGUUUUUCUCUGAAUAUAUGAAAAUGGUCUGUGAUAUUAACCGUCCUACCGUUUUGCUUGGAUCCUGUCGUUUCCUUUGUGUGUGUGAUGGUUAUUGCUUAUCUAAUGAGUUUCUAAUAGAACAACAGAUUCGCAGAACAACAGCUAGUACGGUAAACCGCAUCAGAAGUGUGUGCAUGUGUGCGCUUCGCUACCAAAUAAAACACUGAAAUUUGCAAA